UUUCAUUAUCAUUCAGUUUUUGGAAACAAUGGCUAUGAAAGAGAAAUGGAGUGGAUUCAUGAAUAAAGUUAACAACCAAUUCUCAUCAUCUGGUAAUUUCAAAGGCCAAGGUCGAGUCUUGGGUUCUUCUUCAUCCGGACCUGUUAACCAGAUCCCUACCCGUCCCUCCCAAGCUCAGACCGCUUCUCCAAAUCCUAUUCCUCCACAAUCAUCAUCUUCGGAUUCCAAGCUUUCUUUGCCUUCAAAACCGGAAAAUUCCGAUCAAAACAAGCUUGUUUCCACCGAUAAUACCGAACCGACUCGGAAACCGGAAAAUGGGUUUGAUCCUUACGGUUCAUUGAUCACUUCUAGCAAGGUAUCCAAAAAUGGGUUCACCUUGAAUAUGUUGGAGUGUCCGAUUUGUGGUGCUCCCUAUAGGACCGAAGAGGAGGUAUCUGAACAUGUAGAAAUUUGUGUUAAAACUAAUUCGUCCGGUAGAAAAGGUGGCGAUACCGAUACGGAAUCGAAUGGGAAGGAACACGAAGAGUCGUCGAGGGAUGAAUUCGAAAUUUGUGUUGGUUCAUAUCUUCUAGGGAAUCCACCGGAAGGGUCGGUUCAGGUUGUUCUUAGGUUGUUGAGGAACAUAGUCAAGGAACCUGGGAAUGACAAGUUCAGGAAGAUUCGGAUGAGUAAUCCGAAGAUAAGGGAAGCUGUCGGCAAUGUGUCUGGAGGUGUUGAGCUGUUGGAGCAUGUUGGAUUUGUGUUGAAGGAAGAAGGAGGAGAAAUGUUUGCAGUCAUGGAUGUUCCUGAAAGGGAGAAGAUCACUUCGAUCGAUAGGGUGAUAAUGUUGUUGGAACCGGGGAAGACGGAUGAUAUUAAGACCAGUGAUAGUGAGAAAGAGGAAAAGGUUGAACCAAAGAAGAUUGACAGACAGAUCCGGGUCUUCUUCUCCGUACCCGAGAGUGUAGCUGCGAAAAUCGAGCUACCGGAUUCUUUCUAUAACCUAUCAGCUGACGAGUUGAAGAGAGAAGCAGAAUUGAGAAGGAAAAAGAUUGCGGAAUCCCAGCUACUAAUCCCUAAAUCUUACAAGGAAAAGCAGGCAAAAGCAACCCGGAGGAAGUACCGAAGAACAAUGAUCCGCAUCCAGUUCCCCGACGGAGUCGUCCUUCAAGCCGUUCUCGCUCCGUGGGAACCAACUAGCAAUCUCUACAAGUUUGUCAGCUCAUCACUGAAAGAACCCUCCUUGGAGUUCGAGUUGUUAGAUCCAGUUCUGGUCAAACGGCGAGUGAUACCAUCUUUUCCGGCAGCCGGACAGAAACCACGAACACUGGACGACGAGGAUUUGGUCCCUUCAGCUCUCAUCAAGUUCAAGCCGAUCGAAACCGAUUCGAUCGUCUUCACAGGGCUUUCGAAUGAACUCUUGGAAAUGAUUGAACCCCUAGUAACCAACUGAAAGAACUCUUACACG